AUGGCCAGCACCGUGUCCGCCUACAGGAAGAUGAAGGAGCUGUCCGUGCUGUCCCUCCUCUGUUCCUGCUUCUACUCACAGCCGCACCCCAACACCAUCUACCAGUACGGGGACAUGGAGGUGAAGCAGCUGGACAAGAGGGCCUCCGGCCAGAGCUUUGAGGUCAUCCUCAAGUCCCCUUCCGACCUGUCCCCGGAGAGUCCCAUGCUCUCCUCCCCCCCCAAGAGGAAGGACACCUCCCUGGAGGAGCUGCAGAAGCGGCUGGAGGCAGCUGAGGGGCGGAGGAAGACGCAGGAGGCGCAGGUGCUGAAGCAGCUGGCGGAGCGGCGGGAGCACGAGCGCGAGGUGCUGCACAAGGCGCUGGAGGAGAACAACAACUUCAGCCGCAUGGCCGAGGAGAAGCUCAACUACAAGAUGGAGCUCAGCAAGGAGAUCCGCGAGGCGCACUUGGCCGCGCUGCGUGAGCGGCUGCGCGAGAAGGAGCUGCACGCUGCCGAAGUGCGCAGGAACAAGGAGCAGCGGGAGGAGAUGUCCGGCUAAGCGGCCGUUUGGACACCGCGGCGCCUGGAUCCCGAGAUGAGACAAGAACACAACUGGGUUUCGGUUUUGUUUUGUUCGACUUUGUCUAGAUGCAGCUUUUGCUCCCGUUCCUCCUCCCCUCCUGUUCUCCCAGCUUCAGCUUCUCUUUCCGCAUUCCGAGCUGUCCAGCCCUCGUGGCAAGGCUUUGACCACAGGCUCUUCCUGUGGAGCCCCCAAGGCGUGGCACACAGCCCCGCAGUUCAGGCCCCAGGCUGGCAGUGGCUGGGUCCCCUCUUGGCAGCCCUCUUAGUGGACGUGGUGGCGACCUCAAUAAAUCCAUUGAUGGUGGCAGGAACACGCAGGUCCUUGUGCUGGGUUGUGCUGUGAGCACCUUGUCACUUAGGGCAUGUCUUUUGAGGCAGCUCCUGCCGGCAGGCAGGUCCACCUCCACCUGGAUGUCCUCCCCUGGGAGAGGGGCUGGGCAUGCAGGAGGGGGCGGAGGAAGACAGACUUGGACAGAGAAGGACCUCUGGGCAGUGGGGGCCAGGUACCCUGUCACUGGCCAGCCCUGGGAACCCCGUGUGCAGUGGUGCUUUUUGGAACUGGUGGGUAUGAGCUGCAGCACGCUUUAAUGUGGUGGCACAGGGGCCCUCUGAGACCCCCUGGCCUGAGGUUGGCACCCUCGGCUGGCCUGGGAGGCUUCGGUCAUUGCCCUUGGCUGGAGUGGUGGUGGGGUACGGCUUGGCCUGGGUCUUCAGGGGAGUGGGCAUGUUCCACCAGGGACCUAUGAGCAAGCUGCCGUGGUCUAGAGGGUUGUGGGCAGCAUGGACACAUGCUGGCCCCUCCUCCCAGAAGGGCCCUCUUCCUUCUGGCCCAGCACCUGUGCGGGGAAAGCCAGCCUCCCACUGCCCUUCCUCUCCUUCUCCAGGCUUUGCAGAUGCCCCUGGAGGACCCAUCCUUAUAGCCCUUUGGAGUCUCAGCCCCCUCCCGUGUGCCCUCUGCUCUGGUCAAAAGAUGCUCCCACACUGCUCCUGGCCACAGGGCUUUCAGGUGCACCUCUGGACAGGCGGCCCAGUGUGAGUGGGUGGCAGCCACAAGUGCCCCUCUGGGAGCCCUGAGUAGAUG